AGAGGGGCUAUCAUUUCAGAAAUGUCAGGGGUCCCACCUCAACAGCAGGAACCUCCACAUGGGAUGCCCACACCACCCUUCAUGGGUAUGCCGCAAGGGUCUAGUGGGAAGAGUCCCGCCCCGCCCCCAGGGGGCCUUCCCAUGCCCCCAAUGGGUAGUAUGCCAGGAGGGAUGAUGCCGCCUCCACCAGCAGGACUUCCUAGCUUCCCUGGAGGACCUGGGGGUAUGUUACCUAUGCCCCCACCAGGCGGGGCAUUCGGCAACAUGCCUCCACCUCCUGGAUUCGCGAAUAUGAUGCCCAUGCCCGGUGGUUUUGCGCCUCCCCAGAGUGGGCAGCAGGGGCAGAAUAUGGCUGGCUCAGCCUCCCCCGAGAUGGCCAAGAUACCUCUGGCUGAGCGGCUAGCUCACGAUCCCCAUGAGAGGCCUCCAGACGACUUCCCUCCCAACGAGACCCUCUAUAUCAACAACCUCAAUGAUCGAGUGAAACCUGAAGAGCUGAAGAAAUCGAUCCUCGAGUUAUGUAAAUCCUGCGGUACCGUCAUCGACUGUAUUGCGAUGAGAUCACUCCGACGGAGGGGUCAGGUAUUUGUCGUUUUCUCGUCGAAAGAGGAGUCCUCGUCUGCGAUGAAGAAGCUGCAAGGCCAUAGUCUGUACAGCAAGAACAUGCGGGUGUCAUACGCUAAGACUAAAUCAGACGCGAUUGCUAAGAAGGAAGGCACCUACGUCCGUCGGGAUAAGGAGAAGUUAAAGGAGAUGAGAGAGGCAGCACAGGCCAAGCUCCAACCAGAUGCAGCAGCACAAGCGGCAGCUGCAGCGGCAGCGGCAGCAGCAGCGGCCAAGGCAGCAGUACCUGGAGGGGCUAUGCCAGCUGGCAUGCAGCCGAUGGUUCCCAACUUUGCAAGCGUGCCCGCUGGGGGCUUCCAAGGCAUGCCCUUCAAUAUUGGACAGCAACAACAACAACAACCUGCUCAACAGAAGAAACUUACCACUGCAGAGGACUUCUUCAACACCUCAGUAUCAGCGCCUAAGGUCGUACAGCACUCUAACGUUCCUAAUAAGACUCUCUUUGUGGAGAAUCUACCUCCGAGGUGCACGCCUGAGAAGCUCACAGCAGUGUUCAAGUCCUAUCCAGGCUUCGAGGGCACACGUGUGAUAGCUGAACGACAGGUUGGGUUCAUAGACUUCAGUAGCGAGUUCCAGGCCACUAUGGCUAAGAAUGCUAGAGGUGACUAUACUAUGGAGGGGCAGUUGGUGAAGAUCUCCUACGCUCGGAAGUGAUCAUCAUCAUACAGCUGACGUCG